UAAAUUCGUGGAUGUACCUCAGUUGUUUAAACAUAAUGAACGAACUGUAUAAUUCGUAAUAAUUUUAGGAUAAGCGGUUUAGAAAAGCAUACGGAUUUUAUAUUUUUCAUUGAAAUGCUUUUAAUUUUUAAGCUAGAUCCCGGAAGUAUGUAAAAAGGUUUGAGUUAACUCCCGCUCUCCGGUUAACUGCUGUCAUGUUACCAUAACAAUGGACAGAAGCAAAUUGGACAAAAUAAUUACACGUUUCCAGGCGCGUGCGCGCGGAAACAUCACGAGAACCGAAGUGCGGCGCGCGCGUGAGGACUUUGAGGAGAUCGUAAGGGAGGUAGAAGGAGAUCUGACCCAUUUAAGGUGGACUGAUACGACCUUAUCUAUCCCACACUUUACAGACACAGAUGGAGCAUGUCUUCAACCUGCUAGACAUUUACUGGAGCCACCAGAACUGUAUGUCAGUACUUCCCAGAGUCCAGAUUCCCUAGAUGAGGAGGGACAGGAGCGCUGUGUCCAACCGGAGAGCAAAGACGCUGAAAGGGAGGAUUGGUCCAGUAUUCCCCUGAGAUGUGAUGGAGGGAUGAUGGAGAGCACAAGAAGGUCCUCCAUCAUCUGGAGCAGUCCAGAGCUGGACAAUAAUGUUUACCCUCAGAAAGGUUGUCAGCAGUACUGCCUGGCGCAGGACGUGCCCCGAACUUCAGACGCGCUGCGUCUCCAUAGAAACACUUUGACCAUGGAGCUGGUCUGGCUCCAACAAGCUAUUGACAGCAGGAAGAAGUACCUAUCACUGAAGGACAGACUUCACAACGCUCCCGACUCACUCUAAUAUCGUCUGAGUUAAAAAUUAUUUCCAUUUAUUAUUUAUGAUGUAAUAUAUAAUGUAGUGCAUUUAAAACAUGCAUGUAAAAGUAAAUAAAUUAUAUUUUUC